UCAUGCUGCUGCCAAGUCCAGAGUCUCUCAUGGGUCCCUGUACGGCCUCCCAUUGCUGCUGUCUCCAUCGCCACACUCUGCCAUGUGCCACUUUCAGGUCUCCUCACACACUGCUGGUGUGUUCCAUUUUUUGUCAUAGGGUGCUGGCAGAUUACGGGCCUCCCAUAGCUGCUGCCAGGCCCCUAAUCUGCCAUGGGCCCCUAUAUACCGCCUCCUCAUGCUGCUGCCAAGUCCAGAGUCUCUCAUGGGUCCCUAUACGGCCUCCCAUUGCUGCUGUCUCCAUCGCCACACUCUGCCAUGUGCCACUUUCAGGUCUCCUCACACACUGCUGGUGUGUUGAAUUUUUUGAC